AUGACUGAAGCAAGUGGGUAUAAAUAUGGCGAGUUACAGAAAGGAAUUCUCACCAAGAUAAGUAAGGAUCUUGUGAAUUUCAAAAAAGCCCCUAAAGAGCGCAAAACUGCAGCAUACUCCUCGGUUCGUCUUGCUAAGCUUGAGGCUGAUAUGGCUACGUCCAAAGUCUACCACGAGGCAAUAAUCGGUGGGGGCAAGUUGGAGGAAAGUUUGAAAAAAGAAGAUUUGCUAGUGGUGUACGACCAAAUCUAUGAAAUCUAUUUAGAAUAUGAAGCAGAGUUGGUUGAGGCAGUGGAAAGGGCGAAGUCGGUAGCUUUAAAUGAGACAAAAACGAUGACUCCGACAAACUUUUCAGCGGCUUCAUCAUCACAUUCAGCGAUUCGAUUGCCCAGAAUAGAUUUGCCGAAAUUUGAUGGGUCAUAUGUGGCUUGGCGGGAUUUUCACGAUAGGUUUCAGUCCCUUGUGCACAAUAACACUACUAUUGAUGAUACCGAUAAGUUACAUUUUUUGCAAUCUUGCUUGGUUGGAGAUGCUCAUCGUUUUUUGCAAAAUCUGUCGGUGGAGGCUGCAAGCUAUGAUAAAGCUUGGAAGCUUCUGGAGGAGAGGUAUGACCAUAAACGCAUUCUGGUGCACAUUCAGAUGCAAGCCCUUUUUGGUCAACCUUCCUUGCCACGGGAAACUGCUUCGGAUAUUAGGGAUUUUUUGUAUACCACCAGAGAGUGUGUUCUUGCUCUUGAGAACAUGAAAGUACCAGUGUCUUCAUGGGACAUCGUGCUGAUAUUGUUUCUUCUUCAAAAAUUGCGAAGCUCUACCCAAAAACUGUGGGAAGAAAAAUUAGGUAAUAAUAAAGAGCUACCAACAUUUCAAGAAUUUUCCGACUUUUUGGAGAUUAGAUUCCGCACACUUGAGGUCAUGGUCCAACAUGAAUCCGGAACGAGUCGCAGCAAGGACGAGUCUUUUCAUGUCAAGCAAACGGCCAAGCAGUCAUCCAAAUUAGCACCGAAGACAUCACCUGCGGAACGUCUUUUACAACAACAACAACACACGCAACAACUACACACGCAACAACAACAACACACGCAACAACAACAACCACAACGACAACAACACCAUCACAAACAACAUAAUAAAGCUGGCACAUCAGGAGCUGCUACGACAGUAGCUGGGACAGCUGGAACAGCUUCUCAGCCAAGAACUACCGGUUCCAACACAUUCCAAGCUUCUGUCAACACGUACUCACCUGAGUUCCAGCCAACGGUAGAUCAACCAUCCACACAAACUUUUAAUUACCACACGUCGCAUGGUCAAGUGCAAACUCACCAUGUGCUUCUGGCGACAGCAGUUGUGAAGGCCCGAGAUGCAGACGGCAAAACUCGCCUCUUACGUGCUCUGAUUGACACCGGCUCAGAAACUUCAUUCAUCACGGAAUCCGCUGCACAACUGCUGAAGCUGGAAAAGCGGCGUACCUUUGUCGAGGUGUCUGGGUUAGGGUUGGUCAGCAGUGGCAAAACGCAAUUCUCCGUCGAUUUACAUCUUACAUCCCGCCAUUCGACAUUCGAGAUUGCGUAUAUCUUCAAGUCGCUGACUGGCCAUCUCCCGACCCAACGAGUGAUACCCGGCAAAUGGAACCACCUAAAGGAGCUCUCAUUAGCCGAUCCCUAUUUCUUUGAGCCCGCUCCCAUCGAUUUACUCUUAGGAAGCGAUGUUUGCGCCCAAAUAUUCCUUCCGGAACUUCAAAGACCUCUAGAUGGUAACGGACCCAUAGCGCAAAAUACGCAUUUCGAGUGGGUCGUAUUAGGGAAAGUUCCAGUGGAAAAUCCACCGCAAGUUCGAAGCUUCGUUCAAACUCACGAGCUAUGCAUGCAAGUGGAGAGGUUUUUUGUAAUGGAGGAAAUGCCGUUCCCAACAUAUGAAACCCUGGACAAUAUUGCUUGUGAAGAACAUUUUGCCGAACACACCAUACGUCUCCCAGAUGGACGUUACCAGGUAGAAUUGCCCUUCCAAGAUGGAGGUCAUCCAGUAAUGGGUUUUAGCCAACAAAAUGCUUUUCGGCGAUUCUUGGCUCUGGAGAAGAAACUUGCUGCAGACCCGAAACUUGCCGCCGACUACACAAAAUACAUGAAGGAAUAUGUCGACCUCAAUCAUAUGGAAGAGAUAGCAGAAAACGAUGCGGUUUUAGCAACACCGUACCACUAUUUUCUUCCACAUCAUGCAGUUUUAAAGGAUGCUAGCUCCACAACCAAGCUGAGGGUAGUGUUUGACGCAGCUUCACGAGCUUCGGAUGGGAAAUCUCUCAACGACCGUCUAUUGUGGGUCCAAAAUUGCAGACGAGCAUCAUCGAUCUCGUUCUAA